AGGCAUUCAGCUCCGCGUUCUCUGUUCCGUCGCUGCGAGAGCUUCCCUUGUACAGCAGCCAGCAAUAUAGCUCGUGAGAAAGUACCAAGCAAAGAGCAAUGCCAUCGGUUGUUGCGAAGGAGGACUCGGGUGGCAAGAAGAAGAGCGUCAUGGGCCGCCUCAAGUCCAAGUUCACCAACCCCCUUGGGCGAAAGAAAGAUGCGGCGCCAAACGAAGGCGACUUGCGUGGCAUGCAGCCGUCGCCGUCCCAGUUGGACCUGUGUAAUCAAGGCAGCACACCUCGCCUGGAGUCUUCUGGAGAUGAUGAUACGUCACAUAACAAGGAGGAUGACGACGACGAUGACGUUAACAUUGAGCAGCAUGAUGACGAAGACGUGAACAUUGUCGACCACGGCGAGCCUCGCGACGAUGAGAUGAUGGAAGGUGUGGCAUCGUCGGAGUCCUUGAUGUCCAACAACGAGCAGCCAUCGGCAUAUACGUUUGACGCGGAUAGCGAGGAAAGCAACGGUAUUGUACUGGGCGAAGAAGAAUUGCUAGUGAGUGCGCCAGCAGUGGCAGACUUGAUUGUCAUCGGCAAGACCCCGUCCAAACUGCAGGCAUCGUCGCCCAAGAAGCGGCUCUUUGCAAGGGAAGAAAUCUCCCAUGAAGCCCCCAGCAGUUUAGUGGCACCCCCCGAAGCUAGAGCGUCCACCGACAAUUUGUGUCCAUCGCCUGUCAAACGUCCAAGCGUUCACCCGUCCCCACCCCUGGAACGCCUUGAGUCAACGACUCCAAACAAUCGACCGGAACCACCCGUGCUGGUCAAGCCUAAAAAGUCUCGUGCUUUUCACGAAGAUGCGCCUAUAUUGGCCACCGCGUCCGCCGUGGUGACAGACGAUGACAUCGUGACAGUCCCGCACUCCUCGUCUGACGCCGCCCCCGAAGCCACCACGGUAGAAUCCAAGCCAGAUCCGGACUUUGACGCUGGCGCCGCCAUCACGUCAGUAUUUGGCGAGCGCGUGGCACGACUGCUAGGCGCGGAUCCGUGGGGUGAUCGACAAGACGGGUUCGAUGCGAUAUCGUUGUUUGUGAAAAAACUGGACCCGUCCGCCUCUGGCGCCCCGCCACCGGCCGCCGUGCUCACGGCAUCCCUGGCAGCCAUCAAUUGCGGGGUUGUGGACCGUGUCGCACCUGUCAUGUAUUGUUCGUUAGAGUGUUUGCAACAUGUUCUGGGCGUGCUCGUUCCCCUCACAGCAAAGAACAAACGCCUGUUGCAACAUGCGGCAUUGCCUCUACAACUCCACGCACUCCAGACAUCGCUGCUUGCAAAACUCAACGACUCAAACAAACGCACUCAGCGGGAAGCUAUCCAAGGCCUGCUUCGGCUUGCAAAGGCGCCUCGAUUGCAAACCAUGGCAUCCCUCAUGGCAACGUUUGACAGCGAACCGUUGGACAAGUCGCGACUAGAGCUCAUUCACGAACUUGUGGCUGAACUGGGGUACACCGUCGUGCCAGUCGACAAGAUCCUGGCGUGGACAGUGCCAGCUCUGAAAAUUGCCGACGAAAAGACGCGCAAACUAGCGCUGGACGUUGCUGCUGCGGCCAUCCUGUAUUCCCCUGACAAGGAUGCUGCGCUGGAAUCCCUCACAGAUAUUAAACCCGCCAUGCUCAAGGUGCUACAACGCCGCGUGGAGGAACUCAAGACAAGCCAAGCCGCUCCGUCUGCCAACCAGACGGAAUCGACUUUGUCGGCGACCCCCGAAGUCGGGGACGACUCUCCGGUGGCGCUUUUCGAAGUGCCGAAAGAAGAUGACGCGAGUGUGACGACAUUGAUUGCAACGGCGAUGAGGGAGGCAGAGAACGUGGCAGGGCCCGUGGCGUGGCGGAAACUCGAGAGCAAGACAUGGAGCGAUCGAAAAGAGGCGCUGGUUGACAUUGAAAAGGCGGUCGAAGAGCACAAGUCGGAGCUGCGGGACGUCAAGCCAGCCUUGGGCAGCCACACGCAGCUACAGUACGUCGCGUACAACGCAUUGAUCCACCAGUCGCUCAAUGACUCGAUCGCGCCUGUGGUGAACCAAGCGAUUGAUUUCUACUCGACCUUGAUCAAAAUUUACGGCCCCCACGUCGACUGGCGGGACACCCCCGUGAAGGACCUGACCAUGCAAUCCAUCAUGCGGCUGCUGGGGGGGAUGCAGAAACCCAACAACCGUACGUCCAAGGGAAGCUGCCGGGCGAUUCUCAAGCUCGCCCGACUCAACACGCACACAAUGCAAUGCGUCGUCGCGUGUGUGUUUGCUAAGGACGCCGAGCCCCUCGUGCAAAUGCACGUGCUGCGCCUGUUGGUGCCCGAGUUUGGCUUGACGGCGGAUCCCACGACCGACAUCCCUGGAGUCAACCUCAAUUCGACGCUCGUCCUGAACGCAGUGUCGGCGGCGCUGGCGCAUUCCAACGAAAAGGUCCGCAAGGGGGCGAUGGACGUCGCACUGUGUACCCAACGGCUGAUUGGCAAGACGAGGGUGCUCAAGCGUCUAAAAGACAUCAAGCCCGCGACGUUGAAGGAACUGGAAAAGAACUUUGUCGAUAUCGAGCCCCCCACUGUGGACCGUCCGUCCACGGUGCAGCAAACACCGACGGCGUUGGGCGCGGGGCUCGGUGAGGUGACCGCGUCCCGCCGGUUGCUGUCCAGCGCUCCCGUGGCCGGAGGGAAAUCAGUCGACGACGACGGCGGCGCCAUGGACUGGACCCCUCGAGGGAACAACAGCGGCGGCGGCUCGUCCUCCAUCUUAAGUAAAGACGAAGAAAACUUCAUGGACUCGAUAUUAGACGGCUAACAAGAAGAUCACUCGUCUGCGGACACUGCACGAACGAGACCACCAACACCGACUUAUUCCAUUUGCUUUAAUAACGUUGUAUAAUAAACGCAUGUAUUGCUACGUCGAGGGUGCACUGAUUUCGGCCAACGGCGGGCGAUUAUCGUCGAGAAGCUGGUGAUACAGCAGCGACAGAUCAUUGAGCGCCGUCUGCGCCACCCGCACCACGGACUCGUCCAUGUCCUGCAAAACUGUC